CUCGGCAGACCGCGCAGGCGCGGUGAGUCAGUGCCGGUCAAUCUUGAAGGCGGAGGGGCCGCUGUCGGUACCCGAGGUGUCAAAAGGGGUCACCGAGUGGGCCUGUGGCGAGGUGGGCUGGGGCGACCCGCACCAUGUCGAGGCAAGCGAGCCGUGGCACCGAAAGCAAGAAAAUGAGCUCUGAGCUCUUCACUUUGACCUAUGGGGCUCUGGUCACCCAGCUGUGCAAAGACUAUGAAAAUGAUGAAGAUGUGAAUAAACAGCUGGACAAAAUGGGCUAUAACAUCGGAGUCCGACUGAUUGAAGAUUUCUUGGCACGGUCAAAUGUUGGGAGGUGCCAUGACUUUCGGGAAACUGCAGAUGUCAUCGCCAAGGUGGCGUUCAAGAUGUACUUGGGCAUCACUCCAAGCAUCACGAAUUGGAGCCCAGCUGGUGACGAGUUCUCCCUCAUUUUAGAAAAUAACCCCUUGGUGGACUUUGUGGAACUUCCUGAUAACCACUCAUCCCUUAUUUAUUCCAAUCUCUUGUGUGGGGUGUUGCGGGGAGCCUUGGAGAUGGUCCAGAUGGCUGUGGAGGCCAGGUUUGUCCAGGACACCCUGAAAGGCGACGGUGUGACAGAAAUCCGGAUGAGGUUCAUCAGGCGAAUUGAGGACAAUCUCCCAGCUGGAGAGGAAUAACCAUCCCCAGGACUUGAGGGUAGUCAGCAGAAGUACUUGUUGGAAUCAGAAUGCCUCAAUGCAUCUCCUACCCUCUAGAACUCAGUGACUCUUUAACACGGAUGUUAUAUAUUCUUCUAACCUUGUUUCCAUUCUACAUGCUAAUAAAGAGCAGACUGUGAUAGAGUCCAUUUGCCCCACAAGUGUGCACAUUCAGGAGGGAAAGCCUUUGCUCCCUUUUCCUUCUUCAUUUUCGGUUGGACUGGGUAGAGCUCAAACUGUUAUACAUUCCUGUUUGAAUUUUCCAAAGCAAAGCCCACUUUGAUCCCCCCCACUAAGAGGCAAGACCAGCAUGUCUAUUCCUGGGUCUUCAGAAAGCCAUUGGAAAAUGGCUGUAGGGGACCCCGGGUGGUUGGGGUGGGUGAGGGGAGGCUGGGAGGGCUGGAUGGAUAGGAGUUGCUAGCUAUAGUGUGACAUGCUCUGGUGCUUGCUAGGAAGGGGGAGCCAGCUGUACAGGAAACACUUCUGGGAAGCCACCCAGGUUUCAUUCCUCCCUGCUGUUUGGAGGCAAUAUCUCUUCUUUUUACAGAGGGUCCAUCCCUUUUUUCUUACAGAUUCUUCAAUAAAGAUACAUUCUUGAGUGAAAUCCCAA